GAAACUUUUGAAGAGACUGAAAGUAUUCUCACAUAAGGAAAGCUACAGGCUUCCUUCCUCCUUGCUAUCUCUCUCUAUUUUUACUACUACACUUCUCUUCACACUUGGUGUACGGCAACAACCAACAAACAAACGGCAAAAUGUCUUCCACAUUUCUUCAUCUUCUUCUUAUUUCUUUUCUCUGCAUCUCUCUUCCUGUCAAAUGUGAUACUGGAGAGGAUGAUGCACUUUUUCAAGGCAUUAACGGCUAUAGGACAUCCAUAAACUUGACAGCAUUGACAAAAAAUGAAAAUGCAGAGUGCCUGGCUGAUGAAAUCGCUGACCAAUUUAAGAAUCAGCCCUGUACGAACUCCACUGGUGCUAACACUGUGUUGGGCAAUGAACCGCAACUUUCCAACUACCCAGACCUUUUAGCCAAGUGCCAUUUAAAUAUCUCCAACACAAGGGGUGGAAAUAUCAUGCCUGCUUGCGUUCCUGGCCUAACGCCUAGUCUUGUGCUCUCAAACUUCACGCAGUCUCAGUACUCAGAGUCGCUCAAUGACACCAAGUAUACAGGAGUCGGUAUCGGUUCUGAAGGUAACUGGAUUGUUGUUGUUUUGAGCACAAGCACACCUGAUGGAAGCUAUGUGACAUAUAAUUCAGCCAAUUUCCUUUCCAAGAUCAGCUUUACUUGUUACUUUCUGUUUUUGCUGAUACAUGCUCUAGUGAUGUUUUGAACUGCGGUUAAUGGCUCUUUCUCUUUGACUGUCUUUCCUUUACCAUUAUAACCCUAAGGGGCAAUAUUAUGAUAGGGAGACAGUUUUGCCUUUUGGCCCUCCAGCUAAACAGGAUACAUGACAUUAUCAAAUAUGACUGGAAUUUGCUAUUCUUGAGUAUCGACAAAUUCAUUUUGUUAUAUGCUUGUAUAUUCCUGUUCAGAAAGGUCAAGGAAUGUUAGAGAGGCUAACUCAGCAGAGCUGAAUCUGUAUUCGAAAUCAGGUAUCUGAGUUUUGAACUUUUCAAGUUUGUAGUGAGGAAGGGACAUAAGACAAUCUAUUGCUAUUUUGUUUAUUGCAGCUUCUUUAAUAUAUUCCCUUUUGCUUUAACACA